AUGGAAGCACAGAACCAAACCAGUGCAUCUGAAUUCAUCCUCCUGGGGCUUGCAGAAAUGCCAGAACACGAGACUCUGCUCUUUUCUCUGUUCCUCUGCAUGUACAUGGUCACAGUCGUGGGGAACUUGUUGAUUAUCAUGGCCAUAAGCUUGGACUCCCACCUCCACACUCCUAUGUACUUCUUCCUCACCAAUCUCUCCUUGGUUGAUUUUUGCCUGGCUACCAAUACUGUUCCUAAGAUGCUAGUGAGCAUUCAAACCAAGAGCAAAUUCAUCUCUUAUCCUUGCUGCCUGACCCAAAUGUAUUUUUUCCAUUUCUUUGGAAUCAUGGACAGUGUCUUACUAGCCGUGAUGGCUUAUGAUCGUUUUGUGGCCAUUUGUCACCCCUUACACUAUAGUACCAUCAUGAGCCCAUGCCUCUGUGGACUGCUGGCUGGUGGCCCAUGGGUCUUUUCCUGUUUCAUCUCCCUCACCCACAUCCUUCUGAUGGCUCGCCUGGUUUUCUGUGGCAGCAAUGAGCUUCCUCACUACUUCUGUGACCUCACUCCUCUCCUCCGGCUUUCUUGCACAGACACAUCUGUGAACAAGAUCUUUGUUCUCAUUGUGGCAGGGAUGGUGAUAGCAUCACCCUUCAUCUGCAUUCUUGCCUCCUAUGCUCGAAUAAUCAUGGCCAUCAUGAAGGUCCCUUCUGCAGGAGGUAGGAAGAAAGCCUUCUCCACCUGCAGUUCCCACCUUUCUGUGGUAGUUCUUUUCUAUGGAACCACUAUUGGGGUCUAUCUCUGUCCCUCCUCUGUCCGCACAGCUGUAAAGGAGAAAGCUUCUGCUGUGAUGUACACAGCAGUCACCCCAUUGCUGAACCCCUUUAUCUACAGCCUGAGGAACAGAGAUCUGAAGAGGGCUUUGAGAAAGCUCAUUGUCAGAAGGGUCACAUCAUCUUCCUGA